AUCUACAUUUUCCAGCUUGAUAAUGUUGGUACCAUCAAAUAAUUGUUGAUUUGUUAAGUUAUUAUUACAAAAUCGCUGACGAAAAGAGGCAAAUAUGUCGCAGACAUGCCAGGGAACGGAAACCCUGACGAUAGAGGCUCUAGAUUUCAUCUACGAGAACGAAAUGGAAUACUUGCACCUCAAACAAGCGCCCAAAAAGGAGGAGCAAGCCAAGGCUGUAAAGAUAAAGCGACUGACUUGCAACAUAAACGGCUGCACUUACUCCACGGACCGGAGGAGAGACUUGAGGCGCCACAGGCGGUCGCAGAAGCACAUGCUGCUGGAGUCCUACUCUGACUCCGAGUCCGAGGUGGAAUCGUCGCUGUUCUCGUGCAACGUCUGCGGCUACAAGACCGCCAAGCGGUAUUGCUUUGACCGGCACAAGGAGUCGCGGCGCCACAUCAUGAAGGAGCAGGAGGAGUGCGAGAAGCUGAUGGACGAGGCGGAGAGGGCGGAACAGCCGGUAAAACGCAUGAAAAGAGUGGAGGAGCCAUCGCCCUCGGAUGCGGAGGAAACACGAUACGCAAAAGACAUCCUGCACACGUGCACGCCAUGUGACUACAGCACCACUCGAAAAUCUCAACUCAAGAUGCAAGCAAAAAGCCAGGCGCAAAUUGAGGUUGUGCAAAGCCAGUUGAUGCGGAAUGAAUACAUACAGUAUCUGCCCCACGAGCAGGAACAGAUGGUUGAACUAUCUUUGGAGUCUGGGGAGACCGAGGACGAAUACCUCGCCUACAAGAAAGAGUUCAGCUCCACCAUGGAGUGCAAGCCCUGCGAAUACAGAACGGCCAGGAGAUUCUGCUUCGUUCGCCACAUGCGAUCGGAAAGGCACCUGGCCAAGAUUCAAGCUGAACUUGAUGGCCUGGAGGAAACUGAAGCUCUUGAGCCGGUAGAUUACUUGGAAGCGGAAAAUGAGCUGGAAGAGAUUGAUCAGAGAGAGGAUAGAACGGUUGUGGAGGUGCUUGAUAUGCAUGCUAUGGAAGAGUCAGAUAUUGUGGAGGAUAUACAGUUCCUAGAGGAGCCAAACGGACUGGAAGAGAUCGACAAUCUAGUGGAGAUCGACGGGGUGGUUCAAAUAGAGCCCAGCUUCGAAGUGAUAGAAUAUACAACUGCCGAAGAAAACGUUUACGAGGAGAUCGUGUACCUGACCACCGAAGACAGUCCGGAGGAUAUUUCCUACUUUAUCGCGCUGGACAAUGAAUAGAUUUGCCAUUUUCUCAACACUUGGUACUUUUACUUAGGUCGAAAGCCACCGAAUGGUUAAAUUACAAUCAAUGCAAUGACCAAACUUUAGAUAUUAUUGAACUUUACAAAAGUUGUUGACACUUGAUAAGCCAAAAAUUCUCGAAUUGUUAAAGUUCUAAGAAACAUUUAAAAUGAAAAGAAUUGAAGAGCUACGAAAAGGUUUCGUAAAUAUAUUU